UCGCCCUCGGCUCCCCCACCGCGCCGAGAGCCAGCCCGGGAGCCCCGGCACUGGCCGACACCACGCGGGAGCCCCCGAAGAAACUGCAGCGGGACGCCCCGAUGCCCGAGAAGAGCAGGUGACCUACGCUGGACGCUGGGGAAGGCGUGGCUGCCCCGGGGCCAUGCGUGUGCAAACGCCUCGCCUGGAGUGCAGUCAGAGGGAGAGGACACAGAUAAACUGGGCAUACACGGCCUUCAGGAGAGGCUGUCAAGGUCAAGUCAUAAAAGAGCUGUUCUGUGGCUUCUGGGAGGGGUUGGAUCUCUGAGGAGGAGGAGGAGGAGCAGCAGGGCAGUGAACCGAGAGGGGGAAGAAAUUCCUCACCGCAGCCAGCCUUGGCUGAGGUCUGACCUGCUGCAGUUCCUGCGACCCAGGUGAUCAAGGGCUGUCUUGUAUUCAAAAAUCCAGAUGUGCGGGGCAAGGUGUCCAAGUUCAAUGAAGACACAGCCUCAUCUCCAGCUGCCCUGUUAGUCUCUCAGGGCCUGAGACGCUGCCCUUCACCGUGUGGCUGAGGACUCCACACCUGUCCUGCUGAGCGAACCUGAGAGUGUCAUUAACACCUAGGGAGAACUAGGAGCCGUGGGUCAAGAGCCCCGUGGGGGCGCGGGGCAGCAGCGUGAAGCUGGAACCAUCAGGGAACAUGAGCGACUUUUGGCACAAACUGGGCUGCUGUGUGGUAGAGAAACCCCAGCCGAAGAAGAAGAGAAGGCGGAUUGACAGGACCAUGAUUGGAGAACCCAUGAAUUUUGUCCACCUGACUCACAUCGGCUCUGGCGAGAUGGGAGCAGGAGAUGGACUGGCCAUGACAGGUGCAGUUCAGGAGCAGAUGAGAUCCAAAGGAAACCGGGAUAGGCCAUGGAGCAAUUCCAGGGGCUUAUAGCUCCCACAGGAGCGGUUCUGCAUCUUGAAGCCCCCACUCUGUGUCCAGCCCAGAAGAAAUGCUGCCCCCAACCCAGAUCCCUCCUAGAACCAGGGACCCCAAGGCCCUUUCCCCCUCCCUGCCUAACAGUGCCUCACAAGGCUGGGGGGCUGGCCUCCCCGCCCUCCCUCUGGUCACAGCCCCUCCUGGAGAUGGGGUGCAGGCAGCAGGACUGACCACGUAGAUCACCGGUUGGCCAGAGGAGCUCUGCUGAAGCCCUGGACACCCCGGAUCUGAGAAAGGAGCUCUCUGGGCACCUGGAAGUAGGCUCCUAAAUGAUGGUCUGGUGCCACUAUUUUUUUUUUUAACUCUUAACCUGGAAUUCCUUAAACCAGGCAGGUUGGCGAGAAUCCCAAAGCUGAACAUGGCUUUGCGGGAAAACCCCUACCUCCCUGGCCUUGUGUUUCCUCCUGGAAUGGACUGAAGCCGACAUCUUGCAGAGGCUGGGCAGGUGCCUGCUGUCUAGUCCACUCUACUUUCUUUAGAGUCCAGAACUUAAGCUCACAGCCCCUCAAUAUCUGCCAGUACCAGGGUCUUCUCUACUAAGGCCUUUCAGUCUGUUCCUAAACAUAAAGCUUCCCAGUAACUUCUUUUAAGCAAAUUAAGUUUAAGAGGAGUUCUCUUAAUUACCCCCAUCCUGCUACUACCUCUGCCCUUUGAGGGAAGUUAAAGAGGUGGCACUUAACUCGACAUUCCAUUUUAGUCCUGGGGAACCUGGCUUGCCCUCUGCCAGCCUCCCUGCUGGCCCAGGUGAGAGGAAGAGGGGUCUAGAGAGAUGCCAAAUGCAACAAAACUGGGAGUUGGCUGUGUGAGAUGUGGGGUCUGAAGGACCUCCUGGCCUAAGAGCAGGAAGUGGUUUCUCAGCCAGACACUCUGGACAUGUGGACUGGAUAAGGCUUUACAAGGAAGGGCUUUCCUGAUUUUGCCAAAUGUCUCCUAAGGCAGAGAGCCCUACCUUAACUGUCAUCCACAUGAAGCCUGAGCAGGGGUGAGCUGGGACUUCUUGUCAGAUAGCCUCAGCAGCACUUGCAUAAGAUUGCCAAUUACUGAGUGCAUUGCUGUGUUUCCACAGAUUCAUGUCUGUGAUGGACAUGUAGCCUGUUUCUCCAUUCUGGAGGAGGGGAAGGGGAGUCCCUGCCAUAUAGACAUGUGAUAGGAAGUUGGGGAAAACAAAGCAUCAGAAACACCCCCAGCUUAUCCUCCCCAGAUUUUUACUGUUACUUCUGUACCCUAGACCUACAACCAGAUGCAAAUAAGACUCAGGGAGUUUUUGAAGACCAGGGACCAUCCCUGCCUGGCCAAAGAGUCUGUUUAGAUGGGAAAGUGAUGUAGGAGCAGGCUCUUUAGGUAGUUUUCUCAGGUGUUGCUGUUCUGGUCAUUUUUCUUGCAGGUUGUUAAUGUAAUCAGGAAGGCAGAACGAGAAAGAUGAGCUCUUGCCUACCAGAAAGCGAGAAGGCUGGGGUCUCCGUUUUGUCUAAUGGAAAGCAUUCGUUCUGUUUCUUGGUAGUGGGGGAGGGGGUCAGGAGCUGGUAUCUGCUGUGCUGACUCCACCAUCCAUCCAAUUGGUCUCCGCCCACAGUGACUGAGAUUCUAAUCUCUUUAAAUGUCAGCGUGUUUUGCUCUAUAGUUUUUCAGAGUCUGAAAUUGGUCAUAGAGAUAACAGUCCCAAUUUUCUCUGGUUGUCAGGCCAGUUGCUCUGAAAGCCCAUUUUGCCGGCCUCAAGUAGCUCAGUAGCCUGAGGGAUCUAGAGAUGGUGGGGUUGGGGGGACCCCUGGAAUCUGGUUAUCAUCCUCUUCAACCUCAUUCUAAUGCCUAUUCUUUGGACACACUCUUUCCCCUCGGUGCUCUCUUCCCUUUAGCUACAUU